AACAGCCGAUGUUUGCUUAUUUUUUGGCCGCGGCGGAAUUUGUUCGAGUGUGUGUGAGUGUGUGUUUGUGAGGAAGAGAGAAAAAUUAUGCCAUUAUGGCUCAGUAGCAGUGUGGUAUCGAAUCGCGAGUGAGCGCGGAACGCGAGGAGCUUCUCGAGGCGAAAUUUGAACGAUUUUUUUUUCGAGUUCGCGGCGCUGAUAGAGUCACACGGGAUAUUGCAAUCAAAACACCGAUCGAACUAUGUGUGCAGUGUGUUUACAGGUUGAAUUUCUCACUGCUGAUAGUGCUGGCGAGUUUUGUACCAACGAGCAGUAGUGAUUGAACGGAACACACAAGUUCAGUGAGGCAACUAAUUGAUUUUGAUGAAUCAGCAACGACAAAGUGGAACAUUUCAUGGUCAUUGAGAAGUGUGUGUGGGAGAUCGCCGUGUGCGAGGGUUGAAAUCAGCAAAUUCGUCGAGUUUCUCAAAUAUUUGAGAAUAAAGUCAAAAUCAGUUCAAUAGCGACAAGAAACACAAAUUCUGAAAAAAAAAAGCUCGGUAUCAACCGUAACACGCAAAUAGUGCCCUACCCGUACCUAAUGAAUGUUAUGUACUCAGAGUGCAGCAAGCAAGCAAGUUUUCUAAAUUGGCCGAUGAUGAUGUAUCAACAGCAGUAGCAGCGGCAGAAACGACGUGCAAAUUUGCUCAAGUAAUUUUGCCAACAGCUCGAAACACAGAAACAGUGCGAACUUGGAAGUGAACGAAACGAAGCAAACGAGUCGAGAUUGGUAAAGUGGAAAAGUUAAAAACAACACACACAAAAAAGCUACGAAAAAUCAGUGGAUAUGUGAAAUCUGAGCAUCGGGAAUUUUUCUAGGAAGAAACUCAAAGUGCUUCUAUUUGGAUAAACGAUAAAAUGGAUGCAACCGUUAAACAGUACGUGAUUGGCACAAACUGUGCCAAAAGGAGGAGACUGUGAAGCUACCGUGAUGAUGGAUUACAUUUCUCAGUAACUGGACAAAGAAAUCCGAGAACUUCAGAGCAGUCUGGUUCAGGAGUCACCUGGAAAGGAUCGAUUACCGGCGUCGGCCCACAACAAAAACUACCCCCAGCGCACGAUGGAGAUAACGCUGUCGGUCGACGAGGAAAGCGCCCUAACGCUGUACGAAGAGCUCGAGCAAACCGACACGCUCAACACGCUGAACCUGAACGUCGACUGCUGCUGCGGCCUGAUGCGAUCGUCGCCCUUCCACCAGCCAAAGUCCAAAUCCAGCUCGCGGGAACGGCUCCGGGCCGGCGGGGAUUCCGGCGUACCCAGCGAAGACGAUGAUGACGACGACCCGUGCAUUUCGCGGAGUUCACCCGAGUGCCACGGGACGGAGUGUGACCACGGUGCGGAAGGUGGCCACGAUCACUUUCACCUGCGAGCCGGCAGUAGUAGUUCGGGGGACUUUCGGAGUAAAUCGAGCCUGAGAAAUGACCGGUACAAGUGUUUUGGGCUGCUGGAGUCGAACAUCCUGAGCAGUUUCCAGCUGCAGAACUUCAGGCGGAAGAACGGAAGCGAGUACGAUUCGGCCAACUCGUCGGGCCAGACCAGCUACAGCUCGACGGCGUCCAGCAUGAUCGAGGACAUUGCGGACAAAAUCGAGGAUAUUGGGAAGCUGGACACGAACAUCCAUUCGCUGAUGUACAAAUCGGUCGAAGUGCAUAAAGAUAUUGUGUCGCUGGAGGCCACCACGAACCGGCUAAUAGCCGACACGCGCAAGCUGUCCGAUGACCUUGAGGACGUCCGCUACCUGGACGAUCUGAUAACGCUUCUGAACGGCGACAUCGGACCCGUAAUUCACCGCGAGUGGCCAUACCAAAUCCUGUUCGACACGCCGAUAGAAAUAGGCACGCCGGUUACGUGAGUGCCGAGGCCGAAACUGCUUGAGGUUGUUUGUGUACAUAAAACCGUAAUCGAUUCCCAGAAAGCAUUGUCGGGUGAAAGCAAUCGAGUAGUUAGUAUUCAAUAUUGUUGGAGGAGACUUAUUUAAAAACAGCUUAGAUUAAAUUGUUGCAGAGUUACCACAGUGAGUUGUGAAUGAGCAGGUUAUUUUAAAUACUAUUAAUUUCCUAAAUACACACACACGAUACACUUGCA